AUGGGACAUUAUCGUCGAAAACGAGUUGCCACUUCUUUAGUGUUUAGCGUUCAGGAUCGCCGCAAUCGUGCUCGGGCCUUGUUACAGAUCCAACAGAGAAAGGCCGCGCUCUUCCCUAUUGGAACAUCGGAUGUAGCUCAUCGUCUACACGUCAUGCAACCGAAUGAAGGAAUUAUGGAUUGCAGUUUUGUCGCAGAGGAUACAGAGGAAGAUUUUGCUUUAUUUUCCAGUGGAAAUAUACCUCCAGAAGAAAUAAGAUCUAGGAGACGUACACCUAUUUCUUACGAACAAUGGGUAGAAGAAGGAUUUCCGGUGGACUGUUGGAGACCUCUGCUUAUGGAUGAGUUAUACGAACCACUGGAAGCGGAGCAAACUUUCUUACAGGCCAAGUAUACUCUUGCCUCAAAAAGAAGAAAGAGUCUCGCCAAGGAGACUUCCACGGCCAACAACCAAACGGGAAUUGAAAAAAAAGAGUCUUAA